AUGCCCGUUGGACACCCGACCUCCACUGCCCGCCUCCUCCGGGCUGCGAAUCGGUUCCGUCUACCGCGCGGGGCCGACUCUUCCUACGCCGGCCAGUCACACUGCCCCGCCCACGUUCCACUGCGCCCUGUAUUUGAUAUCAAGGCCCCGCGACCCAGCUCUCCAGCCGUACCUCUUCCCCGGAACCUCUUCCCAUUCCUCUCGCGCUUCUCUUCCCAGCAUCUUUCCUCAGCAGCAGUUUCUCGACCCAAUAGAGCAUCCUAUACCACCCAGACAACCGGCGCAACUUCAUCUGAAGAGAUGACCGUCCACACCACCGAGCGCCUGCGGGCCCUUCGGUCCGUCAUGAAGGAAAAGGGAAUCGACAUCUACGUUGUCCCAUCCGAGGACAGCCACGCGUCCGAGUAUAUCGAUGCCUGCGAUGCCCGUCGCGCGUUCAUCUCUGGUUUCACCGGUUCCGCAGGCACAGCCGUGGUGACGCUCGAGAAGGCCGCGCUGGCCACAGACGGCCGCUACUUUAACCAGGCCGGCAAGCAACUGGAUGAGAACUGGGAGCUCCUCAAGACCGGGAUGCAGGACGUCCCGACCUGGCAGGAGUGGACGUCGCAGCAGGCGGCUGGCGGCAAGGUAGUUGGUGUUGAUCCUACCCUGAUCUCUAGCACUGUCGCCGAAAAGUUGGAUGAGAGCAUUAAGAGAGCCGGAGGCGCCGGUCUGAAGGCUGUGACCGAGAAUCUCGUGGACAUUGUUUGGGGUGACGCCAGGCCCAAGCGUUCCAAUAACCCUAUUUUCCUUCUGCCCCUGAAGUAUUCUGGUAAGGAUUCAGCAUCAAAGAUCGCCGAUCUUCGGAAGGAACUGGAGAAGAAGAAGGCUGCUGGCAUCGUCCUGUCUCUGUUGGACGAGAUCGCCUGGCUUUUCAACCUCCGCGGGAGCGACAUCGCGUAUAACCCGGUCUUUUUCUCGUAUGCGCUUGUAACAGCCGAUUCGGCCAUCCUCUACAUCGACGAGUCGAAGCUGAACGACGAGUGCAAGAGCUACCUGGCGCAGAAUAAAGUUUCCAUCAAGCCAUACAACGCCCUGUUUGACGACGCCAAAAUGUUGGUGAAGGCGGCCGAGGCCCUUUGGACUGAGCAGUCGCCUAAGAAGUUUCUAAUCUCGACCAAGGCCUCGUGGGCGCUCAAGCUGGCACUUGGCGGCGAUAAGUUCGUUGAAGAAGUGAGGAGCCCGGUGGGCGACGCUAAGGCGGUGAAGAAUGAAACCGAACUGGAAGGCAUGCGGCAGUGCCAUAUCCGGGACGGUGCGGCUCUGAUCCAGUUCUUCGCCUGGCUAGAGGACCAGCUUGUGAACAAGAAGGCUGUAAUUGACGAAGUGGCUGCUGCCGACAAGCUGGAAGAGUUCCGGAAGAAGCAGAAGGACUUCGUCGCCCUGUCCUUCGACACCAUCUCAGCCACUGGGCCGAACGCUGCUGUUAUUCAUUACAAGCCUGAGCGGGGCAGUUGCGCCGUUAUCGAUCCGGAUGCUAUUUACCUCUGCGAUUCAGGAGCCCAGUACCUGGAUGGCACGACGGAUACUACUCGGACGCUGCACUUCACCACACCAAAGCCUGAGGAAAGGAAGGCCUACACUCUGGUCCUGAAGGGCAACAUUGCAUUAGAUACUGCUGUCUUCCCUAAGGGGACAACCGGUUACGCAAUUGAUGCUCUCGCCCGCCAGUUCCUCUGGAAGCAAGGCCUCGACUAUCGGCACGGUACGGGCCACGGUGUAGGCUCCUUCCUCAACGUGCACGAGGGUCCGAUCGGCAUCGGCACCAGGAAGCAGUAUGCCGACGUGCCCCUUGCGUCGGGCAAUGUGUUGUCGAUCGAACCGGGUUAUUACGAGGAUGGUUCCUACGGCAUCCGCAUCGAGAACCUGGCGAUCGUGCGCGAGGUCAAGACGGAGCACUCCUUCGGGGACAAACCCUUCCUCGGCUUCGAGCAUGUCACCAUGGUGCCUUACUGCCGCAAGCUGAUUGACGAGUCGAUGCUCACGGCCGAGGAGAAGGCAUGGCUGAACAAGUCGAACGAGCAGAUCCGUGCUGCCAUGGAGCCGUACUUCAAGGAUGAUGAGCUCACCCGCGCUUGGCUGGAGAGGGAGACGCAGCCUUUCUGA